GCGCUGAAGCAGUUCAUCAACGUCGUGCAGAUGGUCAAAGCCAGCAAGUGGCUGGUGGAGGGCGACGUCGCCAACCGUCGGGCGGCCCGCCAGGGGAAGAAGAACUGAGCUGGACGACCGGUCCGGUGGAUUGGUCUUGCCUUUCCUUGGGGCUGUUGAUCCGGACAGGGCAUCCCGUGAUUGACGCCCACGUUCUUUCUUUGACCGUAUCAUCUUCUCUGUGCAUGGUUUUGGUGCUCUGGCUGAUUUCUGGGGAUCGUGAGCAGCCCUUGUCUUUUUUUCGCUUUUCUCCUGCAGAUCCAGAGGGUAUCGGAUCUGGUGGGAAGACUUGGGCGGCUGUGUUCGUUCGGACCGUCCCUGACCCUUUUCGAGUAUGGAUUUUUAGUAUACUUUUCUUUUCUCUACUUUUUUUUUUCUCUGUCUUCUUAUUUCCAAUCUUUUAUAUCUUUUAUUUUCUUUACUUUUACCUCUUGAUACUUCUUGUGAUUAGAUUUAUUUUCUGGCAUGGUUAUUUCUCUCUUUUUAAUUUUUGUUGUUAUUUUUCCUUUUUGCUCCUGCUGCUACUUCUUCCCUGUUGUCUUCGGAUCCUUGUGUAUAAGAGUAGGAAACAGUAUGUAGUUUUAUUUUGGCAGGGGACGUGGAGACUCCCUGAUGGAAUGUGACCAAUGAUGAUAACAAUGCUUGAGCUUAGUAACCAGCGCUCUCC